UUACGUAUUUGUGAUGUGGUACCCGACAAUGGUGAAUUUUUUUUUCAACUCACUGUCUGAUGAUGCAUCGAGUAAAAGCUUCUGCCAGCGAGUCGUUGGCAAUAUCACUGUUGCAGCGGAGGGCGCGAAUAAUACGUGCACCGACACCCACCUAUCUCCAAACACAAUCUACUCCGGUUUGGCAAUUGGGGUGGCUUUUGCCUGUCUUAACUUAGUAGCCUCCAGUGUGGCCACCUGGCGUCGUUUAGUGCUCACGGCGUCGUUAGUUGUGGCGGCAGUGUCUUUGGUCCUAGUGGAUCUCAUGACGAACCCUAUUGCUAGUAUGAUAUUAUUUACUCUCAUUCAAAUCACUGCCAUCGGCAUUGGCAGUGUAGCGAGCUAUUUUGUUGACCUUUAUCCCACUGCUUACCGGGCUCUAGUAACUAGUCUGGGACUGACAAUGGGCAGACUUGUUUCGUGGGGUGGAGUGAAUCUUCUCGGGAACGCGAUAGUCGACUACUGCAGUAUAACGUUUUAUGGAUGGGCCGUAUUUGCGUGUAGUGGUAUAAUCGCGUCUCUACUUUUGCCACCAGACAAACGGCCAGGUUUAUCUAAUUAAAUUUAAUAGUAAUAAAUAUUAAUAAAUAAGGGCAGGAGAUAGUAAUGUUAUUAUAUUCUAUUCUACGUUAUAAAUAA